AUGACGAGUACUUCGAGCGUGUCGCGGAGCUCCAGCUCUGUCGGGCGCUUCUCGGUUCGCUCCCGCCCUAAGGUCAACAUCGACCUGGAUGGUCAACACGAUGGCCUGGUCAAUGUGUACACUACCGGAGACACCAUCAAGGGCACAGUGACAGUGACCGUGGACCAUGACACUCGUUUCGAUGAGGUGGAGAUUACAUUUGAAGGCACCUCGCGAACCUCAGUGGAGCGACAAUCGAUGCCUGGUCGAACGGGCGCGUAUCAGACCUUCCUGCGACUUCGGCAGCCCAUUGAGGAUGCAGCAUAUCCGACUCCACGCAUCCUCGAGGCCGGACGCACCUAUGACUUUCCGUUUGUAUUCGUGGUCCCACAACGCCUACUGCCUCAUGUCUGCAGCCAUCCGAAAACCAAUAUCCACGUCGAGCAAUCGCACACCAUGCUUCCGCCCACCUUUGGAGACCCCAUGCUCGCCAGUGACGGCAAAUCGCUUCUUGACGACCUGACUCCUGAUAUGUGCCGGAUCUCAUAUAUUGUUCGCGCAACGCUGCAGAGAAACCCCCUCAGUCAGAACGGUUCAAUUGAUACCCUCGCUUCGAUUGGCAAGAAAGUCCGGGUUGUGCCUAUGGUGGACGAAGAGCCGCCUCUCAACAUUCCGGAUGACGAGACCCUGUACUGCGUGCGCAAGGAGAAAGACGUCAAGCGUGGCUUCAUGAGGGGAAAGCAGGGACGCAUCGUUGUCGCUGCAUCGCAACCGAAACCUAUACAGUUGAACCCGACCAGUGACGACGACACGAGCAUCGUUAGCACUGUGGCAACCGUGCACCUUCGCUUUGACCCACUUGGAAACGAAGAACCUCCACGUCUGGGGACAGUGUGGAGUCGACUGCGAGCGACGACGUUCUAUAGUGCGGAGCCGUGGGGCGAUUUCCCUUCGACUUCGUCCAUCCGAACGUGGGCGCAGGUUGGUCGAGGAAUGUUUACAGAAGCUGUGCCACUAUCGACCAUGUGUGUAGCCUCGGCGCAGUGGACCAAGCACACGAGUGCAGACGCGCCGCGCCGCGACUCCAUGCACUCGACGUCCUCGACGGAGUCUCUACCGGGGCCGUCCGCUUCCUUCUCCGGAAACACCUUCUACGCAGCGUCAGUGGUCGUACCAAUCACGUUACCCAAGUCGAAGACUUUUGUGCCCACAUUUCACUCCUGCCUCGUCGCCCGCAUCUACAGCCUGGAGCUCAGUCUCUCUUACCACACCCCUAACGCGAACAUCUUGACGCCGACGACAUCCUUGAAGAUCCCCAUCCAGCUGACAUGCCAGCCGCAAGCGGACGCUCGACCGAAAAACACCGUCGUCGAGAUCACGCAGGAGGAGGUCAAUGCCGAGUUCUUCAGUCCUCGGAGCAUCGCACCCCAUUGGAUCUCGGAGCCUGAAGUUACACCUCCUGAGUACACGGCCGUGCGCACCGCCCAUCUACUUCCAGACCGUUCAAGGAUCCUUCCCCCCUCGACCACUGCAAACCCGGGGCGAAUGAGAACGGCCUACUAA